ACCCACGCGCAUGCGCGGCGGGGCGGAGCCGCCGUGUGGAGGGAGGCGGCGCGCCGUGACGGGAAGGGCGGCGCGUGGCGGCGGCGCCUGCUUCCUCCGUCGCGUCUCGGCGGUUGGGGCCGGGCCGGGCCGGGAGAGCUGGAGCUGGGGCCGGGACCGGGGCGGCGACGGCGGGAUGAUGAUGGCGUAUUUCGUGGAGAGCUUUUGGGGGGAAAGGAACAAUGGCUUUGACGUUCUCUAUCAUAACAUGAAGCACGGACAUUUGUCAACGAAAGAAUUAGCAGACUUUAUUAGAGAAAGGGCUACUAUAGAGGAAGCAUAUUCAAGAUCAAUGACAAAACUUGCCAAAUCAGCAAGCAAUUACACACAACUAGGGACAUUUGCACCAGUUUGGGAUGUUUUCAAAACCUCAACAGAAAAACUAGCAAGCUGCCACUUGGAUCUUGUGCGGAGAUUACAAGAGCUGAUAAAAGAAGUUCACAAGUAUGGAGACGAACAAAUUAAAGCUUAUAAAAAGACUAAAGAAGAAGUUUCAGGAACAUUGGAAGCAGUGCAGAACAUUCAAAGUAUCACUCAGGCAUUACAGAAGUCAAAGGAAAACUACAAUGCAAAAUGUCUUGAACAAGAACGUUUGAAAAAGGAAGGAGCAACACCAAGAGAAAUUGAUAAGGCAACAGUUAAAUCGAAGAAAGCUACAGAUACCUAUAAACUGUAUGUGGAGAAAUACGCUACAGUUAAAUCUGAUUUUGAACAGAAAAUGACAGAAACUGCACAAAAGUUUCAAGACAUUGAAGAAACACAUCUACUUCAUAUGAAAGAGAUCAUAGAAUCAUUCUCAAAUACUAUAAAGGAUAUUCAUUUACAAAUAGGAGAGGUACACGAAGAGUUUAUAAAUAACAUGACAAAUACUACAGUUGAGAGUUUAAUACAGAAAUUUGCUGAGUCAAAAGGAACUGGCAAGGAAAGACCAGGUCCUAUUGAAUUUGAGGAAUGUAAUACAUCCAGUGCAGUUGAAGGGAUAAAACCAAGGAAGAGGAAGCCUUUUGGUUUAUCAGGAAUAAUGAAAAAAGAAAAAGAUACUGAAUCUGUGGAGUGUCCAGAUGCAGACUCAGUUAACAUUCCUGACGUAGAUGAUGAAGGAUACAGCAUUAAACCAGAAGCAACACAGGAUAUCAAAGAGAACCAUUUCUAUUCAUCCAGUGAUUCUGACUCUGAAGAUGAUGAACCCAGGAGGUUCCAUAUAGAAAUAAAACCUGUACAGCCAAAUAAUAGCUCUCAAUACACUAUGCCUUCAUUGGAUGAAUUAAAAGUUUCUAUAGGGAACAUUGCUCUUUCUCCAGCAACAUCUCAGAGACACAGUCCUGCACAAAUUAAUCGAAAUUCAUCCAGUGAGGAGUUAACAAAAUCAAAGCUUUCGGCUCCAACAAAUGAAAAGGGGAACAGUGACCUUCUGGCAUGGGAUCCACUGUUUAGCAGUUCCCUUGAAUCUUCAUCUUCAGCCUCCUUGGCAUCCUCAUCCUCCUCAGCUACUCUAAGAGAGCACAAUAGGAAUUCCUCCUCAUCUACCAGUGACUUGCCUGGAUGUAGAGUGUCUCAGUCUUUGCUUGGACUCCAGACAGAUUCUGGGUCUGGAAGCCCAUCCUCACCAGACUUCAUAAUUAGCACUUCGUGCAAAUCUGGUGUAGAAGCACCAUCAGGGAGUAUCAGUACUUUAUCCUCUGUGUCAUGGUCUCAGAGUCAGUGGAUUUCCUUCGCUGAUGAACUUUUUACAAUUAGAGACACAAGCACAGACAAGAAGGAGCAACAAAGAUCACAUUUUAAAACUGAAAAUGCCUGCCUUGCCUCUUCUGCUUUGCUUGGGAAUUCUUCCAACAGCUGUGCUUCUGAGGAUCAAAGUGACCUUUCAAAUAAUACUAUAUGCCUUGAACAAUUAUUCAUUGAAGAAACUGGCACUGCUGCCGAAAUUUCUUCCACAUCAUCUUCAGCACAUCUGGACUAUAGCUUAGUGUCUCCUUGUGUUCGUUCAAACAAGGCAAGACCUACAACUCCUCUUACUGUAGGCACCAUUGUACCCCCUCCAAGACCUGCUUCAAGGACAAAAUUGUCUACAGGGAAACUUAGUGGAAUUAAUGAAAUACCUAGGCCAUUCAGCCCUCCACUGACCUCUAAUUCAAGUCCACCACCUGCAGCUCCCUUGGCACGUGCAGAGAGCAUCUCCUCAAUAUCCUCUUCUGCUUCUCUUAGCGCAGCAAAUACACCUACAGUUGGUGUUUCACGUGGUCCCAGCCCUGUCAGCCUUGGAAACCAGGACACCUUGCCUGUUGCAGUAGCCCUUACUGAAUCUGUUAACGCCUACUUUAAAGGAGCAGAUCCCACAAAAUGCAUUGUGAAGAUCACUGGUGAUAUGACAGUAUCAUUCCCAAGUGGGAUUAUUAAAGUCUUCACCAGCAACCCAUCUCCAGCUGUGCUCUGCUUCAGGGUAAAAAACACAAGCAAACUAGAGCAGAUUCUUCCAAAUGCACAACUUGUAUACAGUGACCAGUCGCAAAGUGACUCCACUACAAGGGAUUUUUGGAUGAACAUGCAAGCUAUAACUGUCUACCUCAAGAAAUUAUCAGAACAGAACCCAUCUGCAUCCUAUUAUAAUGUGGAUGUUUUAAAGUAUCAGGUAUCUUCAAAUGGCAUCCAGUCCACUCCCUUAAAUCUUGCAACUUACUGGAAAUGUAAUGCUAACACUACUGAUGUGAGAGUGGAUUAUAAAUACAAUCCAGAGUCUAUGAAUGUGCCAAGCAUGCUGUCUAAUGUACAGGUUGUAGUACCAGUAGAUGGAGGAGUAACAAACAUGCAAUCGCUUCCACCUGCAAAAUGGAAUGCAGACCAGAUGAAAGCUUACUGGAAAAUAUCUAGCAUUUCAGAGAAAUCUGAGAAUGGAGGUUCUGGAUCCCUCAGGGCAAAAUUUGAACUUUCAGAAGGACCCAGUAAACCAGCAACACUUGCAGUGCAAUUCAUAAGUGAAGGAAGCACUCUUUCAGGAGUAGAUGUAGAGCUAGUAGGCACUGGCUAUCGGCUUUCCCUCCUUAAGAAGAGAUUUGCCACUGGACGGUAUAUGGCAGACUGCUGAUGAACCUGUGAAAGUCAUGUCAUUAAAGGAGUACAGGAAACCCACUCUGCCCCCUCUACCUUUCAAACACUAUUUUCACAUGCAUUAAUGUUUUUAAAUGUUGAUCUACUUUGAGGCUGAACUACAGGACAGAAAAUGCACUUUCAAAAGUCAUUUUGCAGAGCUUGUAUUACUUUAUAAUAGCACUGAAGUUAACUUCAACACUGUCUGUAAAUGAUCAACUGCAAUAUUGGGGAAACUUUGUUAAAAUUUUGGUAAAUUUAUAUAGAAGUCAAAAUAGUAAUCAGUAGUUGUAAUGAAAGUAUGAAAUUGUAUGUUAUACUGUAAACAUCAAACGUAAAAACGUAGGAGAGCAAGUAAGACUAUUUGAGCUUUCCAUAAUAGUCGUUUUUCAGAUUCCUUAAUUGCCAGUUUUUAAAGAAAACAGAGGCAAACGUAUAUGUAGUUCUUCCAUACACUUGUGCCAUAAAAACAUUUGAGUUAGAGAUGUAUAAAAAAUGUAACUUGAUGCCCAUGUAUCAUAUAUUAUUAACGUGUAUGUUGUUUUAUAUAGUGUUUUUUCUCCUAAGUGCAAUGUGUUACAAAAUUGCAAAAGACAGAAAAGAUUUACUUCUGCAGUUAGUGAAUUUUAUGGGCGUUGUGAUUGUUUGAAUUAAUGCUGUAGAUUUAAUUUAUUUUUAUAUGAAUUUCAUAACAUUUGUGCCUUUAAAAAAGCCUGUGCCUAUCCGAUUUGUUAUUCAUGUGCCUCACUUCCUCUUUCAAAGUUUGGCCAUUCAUGAAGAAAGUGUGGUGUUUGUAUAAUACAACUUCAUAAAAAUUAUUUCGAUGGGGAUUUAAAAGGGAGAUCUGCAGAAGCUAGAGGUUGUGUUAAAGGAGACUGAAAUAGUGGAUUACUCCCUCAUGGGGUAAUUGCAAUAAAUGCAUCCAUAGUAAAGGGAGAUGUAUCAUGCAGGACUUUGAAAUUUUGAUAUACUAACUUCAAUGUCACCAAAGAUGAGAAUCUUGAAAGAUGGUAAUGCAUGCUUUUAAAGGAAACAAGCAUUUCCCUUUACAUUGACUGCAUUAAGUGCUUUUGGAAUUGUGUGAUGUGAAUGUGAACAGUACUUUGGGAGGAAUAUCAUUUAAGAAGGGGAUAUUAUGGCAGCAAGAUGACUGUACUGCCAUUUCUAUUAGUUUUACUCUUUUUUCUGUAACUAGCAGUUUUAAUAUUUCUCUUCUACUCUUCUUGCCACAGCCUAAGCACAGAAAAGUGACACGUUAGUAACAUUUUUUAAAACAAGUUACUAGUUUAGAAAAUCUUUUAUGUAUUUGUAUUAUCAAAUGAUUUUUUCAGUACAGAAAUCAAAAGUAUUGGGGCAAAGUAAUUUAAUAACCUUCAAGUGGGAAUUUUAUAUGACCAUUCUGAAUACCGAUAUCUAUUUCAAAUUCUCUAUUAAGACAAUAAAACUUGCUCGAAUUAAUUCAUGCAAAACCAGUGGUGAAGUGGACUGCUGAAGCUUUGCAAUAAAUUAAGCUUUAGAGAGGCUACAUAAAAUCUAAUGUAUGCUAUACACUUGGCAGAUGAGAUUUCCGUUAUUAUCUCUGAGGAGAUAUUGGACUUUACACCUGAUUGGAAAAGUAUAUCUGGCUUUUAAUUUGGUGAUCUUAUUGAAUGGGGAAUUUCUAACGGAUGUAAAAUGGUACAGUCUUUUUACUGGAAUCUUAAUUGUAAUCUGCUUUGCAAUCAAACUGCGUUUAACAUGACAACGUUUCAUUAAUGAAAACCCAAAACUGUAUAGCUGUUCUUAAUGAACUAUUGCUUCCAUUUCUGAGUUAAAUGAAGUAGCUACUUUUCAGCACUUUCAAACUACUCUUCAUUUGGGUGAUUAUACGUACAUUUGCAUUGGGUGCAGGUUACAAUUUUGAAGCCAUACAAGUUUAUAUAGACUUUUUGUAAAGAAAUUCAAAAACAAUGUAAAAAGUACAUGUAGCAGUCUGAUGGGGAAGAGAAAAAAAGACAUGUAGCAAGCUGGUUCUUGCUUGUGUAUACAGCAAUAUCCUUUGUAGCUGCCUCUGAAAACAUUGAUUUGUAAACACAACUCUAAAGGAUCUGAGUUUUUAUGGAUUAUUACUACAUCAGACUGUAAAUUAGAGCACACAACUUUAUCUUACAAAAAUUGUAAAUACUUCUGAUUUUUCAUAAAAUGUAAAUUUAAAAAAAUGUUGCACCCAUAAUAAACAUGUAAUAUAUAAUUUAAAUGCUGAUUUAUAUUGCUUAUGCUUUUGCAAUCAAUCCCAGCGGGUUUCCAAGCAAUACAAAAAUAUGAUGAAACUGUGUCUGUACUAAAUGUUUGUCAAGUGUUAAUUGGUUUGUAAGUAAUACGUAGUAGAGAUAAUAUAUGAACUGUUUUCUAUACCUGAAAAACAACACAACAAAUCUGGGUGGAAAGACAACUUCUGCAAAGAGCUGCAUCUUUACUGUGCUUGGGUAAAUGUCUAAAAUGUCUUGUGCCUUCACUAAAUGGAUAUUAAUAAUUAGGAUUAGGCAAAACUGCAGAGACGUUUGUCAGAAAAAUACUGACUUUGUAGACAUGAGCUAACUUGUUGCUGCUGUCUCUUCAUAGAGCUACCAAGUGCUGUACAUUCCCUGACUUCCUUAAUAAGCAUAUAUUCUGUCAACUGUGCAGUUCCACAAAACAGGAAGUUAUUUAAGUAACACUGUUUCCACAGUCUGAGAAUUGUUCUUCAAAGCUGCAAGGAUAGAAGUAGAAGUUGGAGCUGAACAAACAUAUGUUAUAAUCCGUUUCUUUCCCACCAGUCCCACGGUCUGUAUAGUUUAAUAAGUAAUGACUUAUUAAAUUGACUUUCUCAGCUGGCUGGAUAUCACUUCAGUAAGUGCCGUUCUUGUCAUGCUGGAAAGUAAUAGUCCGAGGGUUUGAUUAUUAUCUUCUGCUGCAAGAUGGGAAUGAAGAAUGCAAGUGCCCUAUGGCCAUUGCCCUGUGGCCUGAACAAAUGUCCACCUAGCUCAGGACUCUGUCUUCAGCAAAGGCAAAAUAAUGAACUGUGGCAAGGAGAACUUCAAAGCCUUUUGCUUUCUACUCGCCCAGCAUCUGCAGCCAUUGGCUUGGGAUGUAAAAGGGUACAGCUCUGCUCAGUCCUUCUAGUAGUCAUUUAACUCACUGCCCUGGCAUUUCUGUUAACAUUUGACUUGUUACUGUAAGCCAAUGUCCAGGUACUACUCAGAACUGGAUUUAUACUGCUCAAGCAAGGUUGUCAUUAUCAAAGUGCUUUAUCAGGUAGUUUUUUGGGGGAUAAUGGGCUACUUUUACAACUGCCAAAUAACAUUUGUGUAGAGUAUUUGAAGAAGAUAAAUUAUUUGAUUAUCAGCUGGAACUGUGUGGGAGUUACAGUGUCGUGGGUUUUGCCAUCUACUAGAAGGGAAGGUCUUGCAUCAUGGCUAAAAGCAUUACAUUUCAAGUUUUGCAUGUUUGAGAAGUUUAAGAUGCAUAUCUUAAUAUCUGUGUACCUUCUGUUUCUUUGGCAUUGCUAGAUAAUUGGUUUCCAUUUCAGUUGUCAUGAAAGGGCGGUUUUACUUUAGAGCACGUAAGAAAAAAUUCAAAUUCCUGCAAGGACAGAGUAAGCUAAAAACAGUUCAAGGAACCAAAGCAGCAAAUAGCACACUUACCGCGGGGUGCCCUUGAUGGGACUGAUUUCCAGGACUCUCUAUUGAAAACCUGAUGUUUAUCUACAGCUGUGCAUAUUAUUACACUACUGAGUAUUCCUUCUCGAUGCUGUUUGACCUCCAUGUUUCCUGAUAUGUUGAUUUUUAACUUCUCCUUUAGUUAAUACCAAUAGAAAGCAUCCAGCCUUUAAAGAAUAAAGUGAUCUUAGAAACA